CUUUCAUCUAAUGGUGACUCCAACUCCAGCCCUGAGCUCUACCUGUCCAAUAGGCUCAAGCUUUGAAUAAUUUGGCUUAACCGAAUGUCGGAACCAUCUGCGAUGCUAUAAAGAGGCAAAGUUUUUGAACCACAAAGGCAGAUUUCUCAACGCCGGUUCGUUCUGCAAACUCAAAAAACCAACAACGCCCAAAUCAUAUUGCAACUGGAUAAAUUCGCGGGUCGAAUUGAAUUCUUCGUUUGGUCAGUAUGCUACUGCUUCCAAUGUUGACAUUAUAUCGCAUACAGCACGCGAACACAAUUUCCCCAUAUCGCUCUACGUGCCCACCCUCCCUGCAUUGCCACUGCAUAUCACUGCUCAAAGCUCAAAGUCAAUCAGUAAAUCCUGAACCAUUCCUGUCACCAUUUCUAAAAUAUGCUCCUUCCUUUGAGCCUCUUCCUUCUUCUUCUGUUUGACAUCCUCGGAUUCAUUACUACACGCACCAGUCCUUUGAUAGUCAACACUCGUGUGAGUACAAGGAUGCCCAUCAGGAUUGCAGUCAAGAACAAAGGUAGUGGUUAUAAGACCCUUCGAAGACGCGACAGGCCCCCACACCCAUUUCAGUCAGACGAUGACCUGAUCUUGGUCUUCAGAACACUUGUUGCCUUUCAGGUUUCUCGUGAUGAUGAAACUUCAGGACAACCUCCCAAACUAUCAGUCAAGGAACUUGAUAUUCUGCGCAGUGGGGCACUGAAUACCAUUGACCAGAAUUAUCUCAUAAAAUUGGGCCAACCUGACCUUGUAGCCACAUUCAAUGAGGCACCAAUCAAAGAGGUUGUAGUAGAGAGAAACAAAGAAGGCAUUCGAACAUCUGGGUGA